GCCACUCUACACACACACGCCAUGUCGCGCGGCGAGCAGGUCACCGAGUCGCAGCUGUCGGAGCUGUGCGAGCAGGUGGAGAACCACCGGGAGGACAAGGACCGGCUGCGGAUUCUCAAGAACGUGCUGCGGACGGAGGAGUUCUUCUUCACCGUCGCCCAGAUCGCCACCAUUGUCCCGCUUCUCAAGUUUGGUGAUCCCAAGGUGGAGGCCGCCAUCGCCCUCCACUCGCGGCUGCUGGAUCCGUCGGAGGACUACGGCCCCGUCCUCGAUCUGUUCAAGUUCAAGGAAGACAAGGACACCAUCAACGCCGCCAUCUCCUCCUAGUGUCCUGCUCUUCCUUCAUAAACCCGCACAAGCAUGCACACA